AUGCAGAGAGAACUACACAUCAUUCCUCUACCAGAGACUGAGGGGAAGGAGUGGGAGCCACCUGUUUCCAGCCCAACCAUCUCACAGGCAUUAGCGUUUUUAUCCACCCGCUCAGAGGAGAGUCUGGCUGCAGUACCCAUUAGAACAGCGGUGUAUAAACGUAUCAGUGGUUAUCCUGAGAAAAUUCAGACCUUAUUUCACCGAGCCCAUUGCUACCUGCCGGCAGGUAUUGUGGCAGUGCUGAAGCAGCGCCCUUCGCUGGUGGCUGCAGCAGUCCAGGCCUUUUACCUGCGAGAUCCCGUGGAUUUGCGAGCGUGUCGUACUUUUAAAACUUUCCCUCCGGCCAAGCGUGUGAUGACUGUUGUUACUUUCACAAAGUGUUUGUAUGCACAGUUAGUGCAGCAGAAGUUUGUUCCAGACAGACGCAGUGGAUAUACGCUGCCCCUGCCAUCUGACCCUCGAUACAAAGCGCAUGAACUGGGCAUGAAACUGGCUCAUGGCUUUGAGAUUUUGUGCUCUAAAUGUAAAGUUUCUCCUGCUUCCAAGACAAGCGUCUUAAGCGGUCCCUUGUGGGAGAGAUUCCUCAGCAGCCUGAAGGAAAAAAACUAUUUCAAGGGAGAAAUGGAAGGAUCUGCUAAGUACAAGGAACUGCUGCAUAAGGCAGAAGAUUACUUCCAGCAUUCUGUUACCAAGCCAGAAAGCUCUGAAUUGAGCCCAGGUGAUGAAAUUUUGACACUGUUGCAGACAACAACCUUUGAUUUGAAGGAGUUUGAGAAAGAAGCAGCUUGUCUUCCUGCAGAGGAUGAUGACAGCUGGCUGGAGAUUUCACCAGAUGAGCUAGACCAGAUGUUGAAGGAGACAACAAAUCAGUCCCAUGCUUCCUCAAACGAGGAAGAGCAGAAGUAUGACUUGGAAACAGUUGUUGAAAGCAUGAAGGCUUUUGUAUCAAAAGUCUCAACGCACGAAGGGGCAGAAAUGCCAUGGUCAUCUGAUGAAGCUCAUGUUACCUUUGAUGUUGAGUCUUUCACAAAUGCGUUAGACAGAAUUUUAGGUGAAGACUCAGAAGAACUUGAUUCUGAUGAUUUGGAUGAAGAGGAGGAGCUCGAGUUCUCAGAUGAGGAUGAUGAAGACUUAGAUGUUGAAAAUCAAAGUCAAGCACAGAAGGCGCCUAAUAAAGAUACGGGCAGUCUCAGGUCAAUUAUGAAGGAGAUGGACCGUGAACUGGCACACACCAGUGUUGGCAGAAGUUUCACCACCCAAAAGAAAGCAGUGAGUUCUGCUAAGGCAACCAUGUCUCAAAAUGCUGGCCACGAUUCUGAGGCUGAAGAUACUGAGCUGACACCCGUUGAUGUGGAUAUGAACCUUGUGGAUAACCUGCUUGAAUCCUAUAGUGCUCAGGCUGGACUGGCAGGACCUGCUUCUAACAUUUUACAGAGCAUGGGGGUACAUUUACCUGAUAAUGCUGAUCGUAUAUGUUCUAAUAAGGAAGUGGAAAAAUAAUAGAUUGUCU